AUGUAUGUUGGAAGAAGUAUAUACAUGAAAGUAUUCUACCACAAUCUUCUUGGCGGAGUUUUCGCCAACAAAACAGAAGCUAAAAACAUCAACACUAAAUACAAAUAUUCUAUUCUCACUGAGAUCAACGAUGACUUUCGAGAUUAUGACAAUAAAUUUACGUUUGCUCUCUUAAAUCCCGAGUUAAAUUUGUACAACAUUUGGCAACAAACUAAUAAUCCACUCCUCGAAAAUAAGAAGUGGAGCGAUAACAAUCAUUACAAAGUUGAAGGCUAUAACAACAUUACAAUUUUAGCAGAUCGAAAUUCUACUGCUUGUGUCUGGGGCGGACUUACUUUGAACCAUUCAGAUAAUUUAAUUGAUGGAUGUCCUGGAGGCUACGACUGGUUUUUUACCAUUGGAUACGUUGGACAAGAAUGGGAAACUACCGAUAAAAUUCCUUCAAACGAUUCAAAAGUCAAUAUAGUGAGCCUCUGGGUGAAGGUAAUCGAAAACAAAUACAAUAUUUUACAAUCAUGUAUUGUAGACUAUUCCAAUAAACUGAAUUUUGUAAUUCUUGCGUUUAUCAUGAUUUUAGAAUGA